UUUACCGACCCAAAAUGGCUUCCUACGGUGCUAGACCCCCUUCGUUCAGAAAAAAGCAGCCCAGUGCAGAGAAUUUUACCUGUCAGAAAUGUCUACAGAAAGGUCACUUCACAUUCGAGUGUACAGGAAAGCGAAAAUAUGUCCACAGAGUGUCACGAACAAAGGAAAUGGCAAAACGCAUGAAGAUGGAUGAAGAAAAAAAGCAAGCAGAGUUAUUGAAUAUUUGCACAUCAAUACAACAGAAAAAGAAGGAUUCAAAAAAGAAGAAAAGAAGAAGGUCAGUCAGUUCCUCUUCGAGUUCGUCCUCUAGUGAUUCCAGCUCUGACUCCUCAGAUGAGGAUUCCAGCUCAGGGUCAUCAUCGUCUUCCUCAUCGUCAUCAUCAUCAUCAUCAUCAUCUGACAGUGACUCGUCAUCAUCGUCGUCGUCAUCAUCAUCAUCAGACAGUUCUGAUUCUGAAAGAGAAAGGAAAAAGAAAAGAAAGAAGAAGAAACAACACAAGAAAUGAGGUGUUCAAAGUAGCAGAUAAUAUUAGUGAAAAACUUUAAUACUUCAUGAAUUUCAUGAUGCCUUUUAAAUUCUGAUUUUAACUAUAAAGAAUUUUUUUUUUUAAAAAGCUGACUUUAUUCCUGAUCCUUCCAUGUGUGCAUCAUAUAAACUCUUCAUAUUUUUAUUUGGUGGUAUACAUGUAUAAAUGAUUAAAAUAUAAAAUACUAGUAAGAUUUUGAUAAUUCUGUUCAUACUUUAUAGAAUACAGUUCAUUAAUUUAUUGUAAAAGUACCUUUUAUACACUGAUAUUGAUGUUUGGGGAGGUUACUUUUGUUAAAGUUCAGAGCGCUCAUUGUAAAUAAUGAAAGAGUUAUGACUCUUUUCAACCUAGAGUGAAGGAGUCUUAGGCUAAAAUCGACAGUAUAGAUAUGGUACUGUCAGAGUUCAAAUAAUACUGGUCAAAGUUUAAAAGUUGAUUUUCUCAAUGAAACAUGUAGUAUAUGUGUUUUAUUUACUAAAAUAGCACCCAUUUAACUGAAAUGAAUGCAAUUGUAAAUGUCGGGGGGGGGGGGGGGGGGCAUAAAUUACGGUGGAUGACGUUGAUAUUUUCUGUAACUAUAUUGUGUUGUAAUUUUUUUAAGAUGUCUACUUAAAUAAAAACUGCAAUAUUA